AUGCCUCACAGUAUGCCUCACAGUAUGCCUACACAAUAUGCCUCGUAUGCCUACACACAGUAUGCCUACAUGGUACGCCUCACAGUAUGCCUCAUAGUUUGCCUCUACAGUAUGCCUCAGUUUGCCUACACACAGUUUCCUACACAUAGUAUCCUACAUAGUAUGCCUACACAAUAUGCCUCAUAUGCCUACACACAGUAUGCAUACAUGGUAUGCCUCACAGUAUGGCUCAUAGUUUGCCUCUACAGUAUGCUUCAGUAUGCCUACACACAGUUUCCUACACAUAGUAUCCUACAUAGUAUGCCUCUACAGUAUGCCUCAGUUUUCCUACACACAGUAUCCUACAUAGUAUGCCUACACAAUAUGCCUCAUAUGCCUACAGAAAGUAUGCCUAUGCAGUAUGACUCACAGUAUGAUUUACAGUAUGCCUCUACAGUAUGCCUCAGUAUGCCUAGGCACAGUUUUCUACACAUAGUAUCCUACAUAGUAUGCCUCACAGUAUGCCUCACAGUAUGCCUCACAGUAGCCUACACAAAACGCCUCAGUAUGUCUACACAUAUUAUCCUAGACACAGAGCCUCAUUUAUCACAUGCCUACACACAUAUGCCUACAGACAGUAUGCCUAUGCAGUAUGACUCACAGUAUGAUUUACAGUAUGCCUCUACAGUAUGCCUCAGUAUGCCUAGGCACAGUUUUCUACACAUAGUAUCCUACAUAGUAUGCCUCACAGUAUGCCUCACAGUAUGCCUCACAGUAGCCUACACAAAACGCCUCAUAUGCCUCACAGUAUGCCUAACAGUAUGCUUUUACAGUAUGCCUCAGUAUGUCUACACAGAGUAUGCCUUCACACAGUAUGCCUCACAGUGUGCCUCACAGUAUUCUUAUGCAGUAUGCCUACCCACAGUACCCCACAUACAGUAUCCUAUACAAUAUACGUCACAGUGUGCUUCACAGUAUGCCUACUCAUAUGCCUACACACAGUAUGCCUUCACACUAUUCGUACACAGUAUGCCUCACAGUAUGCCUGACAGUAUGUUUGGACUGUAUGCCUCAGUAUGCCUACACACAGUAUCCUACACACAGUAUCCUACACACAGUAUCCUACACACAGUAUCCUACACAGUAUGCCUCACAUCAUAUAUCACAGUAUGCCUCAAAGAAUGCCUGCACAGUAUGCCUCAGAAUGCCUACACGCAGUAUCCUACACAGAAUCCCUCAUUUAUCGUAUGCCUCACAGUAUGCCUCACAGUAUGCCUACACAGUAUGCCUCAAAAUGCCUACACACAGUAUGCCUUCACAGUAUACGUCACAUAUGCCUACACACAGUAUGCCUACACACAGUAUGCCUACACAAUAUGCCUCACAGUAAGCCUAAACAGUAUGCUUACCCACAGUAUCCCACAUACAGUAUCCUACACAGUAUACGUCACAGUCUGCCUCACAGUAUGCCUCACAGUAUGGGUACACAGUAAUGCCUCAGUAUGCCUACAAACAGUAUCCUGCACACAGAUCCUCACUUAUCAUAUGCCUCCACACAGACUGCCUACACAGUAUGCCUCACAAUAUGCCUACACAGUAUGCCUCAGUAUGCCUACAUACAUUAUCUGGCGCGUCGUAAUCAUUUGCCAGUCCUAUCCUCACAUAUCCGUAAGGCAAGUCGAAUCCUCACUCACUCAUCAGCCUCUGGUCUAA